AUGGAGUUGAGACAAGAAGCCAGUGAUCUACAAGAAUAUUCCAAUGCCAAACUUGAUCGAGUGACACGUUAUCUUGGUGUUCUUGCGGACAAGACCCGUAAGCUAGACCAGGCUGCUCUGGAAACAGAAGCUAGAAUUUCUCCACUGAUACAUGAGAAGAAAAAGUUGUUUAAUGAGUUAUUGACCGCCAAAGGAAGUGUAAAGGUGUUUUGCCGUACGAGACCACUUUUUGAAGAUGAAGGUCCUUCUGUUGUUGAAUUUCCUGAUGAAUUCACAAUUCGGAUCAAUACUGGUGAUGAUAAUGUCUCUAACCCAAAGAAGGAUUUUGAGUUUGACAGGGUUUAUGGACCUCAUGUGGGACAAGCUGAGCUUUUCGGUGAUGUUCAGCCAUUUGUGCAGUCGGCUUUGGAUGGGUUUAAUGUAUCUAUAUUUGCUUAUGGACAAACCAAUUCAGGAAAGACUUAUACAAUGGAAGGCUCCAGCCAUGAUCGUGGUUUAUAUGCGCGAUCCUUUGAGGAGCUUUUUGAUUUGGCCAACUCAGAUACAACUUCUACUUCUCGAUUUAGUUUCUCUGUCACAGUUGUUGAUCUUCACAAAGAACAGAUAAGGGAUUUACUUUCAGAAUGUGGAAAGAGCCUGCCAAAGGUCCAUUUGGGGCCACCGGAUUCUUUUGUUGAACUUGUGCAGGAAAAGGUCGACAAUCCCUUGGAUUUCUCAAGAGUCCUCAAAGUAGCAUUUCACAAUCGAGGAACUGACACAUUGAAGUUCACUGUUUCUCAUCUGAUUAUCACCAUCCAUAUUAAUUACAACAAUUUGAUCACCGGAGAAAAGUUAUAUAGCAAGCUUUCUCUUAUUGAUUUGGCUGGAAAUGAAACUUUGGCCGUAGAAGAUGACAGUGGGGAGCGAGCAACAGAUUUACUGCAUGUGAUGAGAUCACUUUCAGCGUUGGGAGAUGUUUUGGCUUCCUUGACAUCAAAGAAGGAUACUGUUCCUUACGAAAACUCAAUGCUCACAAAAGUACUUGCAGACUCAUUAGGUGGAAGCUCAAAAACUUUGAUGAUUGUUAACGUGUGUUCAAAUGCUUCAAAUUUGCCCAAGACAUUAUCAUCCCUCAAUUUUUGUGCCAGAGCUCGAAAUGCUAUUCUAAGCCUUGGAAAUCGAGAUACAAUUAAGAAAUGGAGAGACGUUGCCAAUGAUGCACGUAAGGAAUUGUAUGAAAAGGAGAAGGAAACCAAUGAUUUGAAGCAAGACAUUAUUGGAUUAAAACAAGCGCUUAAAAAUGCAAAUGACCAGUGUGUCCUACUCUACAAUGAAGUACAGAAGGCUUGGAAAGUUUCUUUUAUGCUGCAGUCAGAUUUAAAGUCAGAGAAUAGUUUGCUUUCAGAUAAGCAUAAGAUAGAGAAAGAUCAAAAUGCCCAGCUAAGGAAUCAAGUUGCUCAACUAUUACAAUUGGAGCAAGAUCAAAACUUGCAGAUACAGCAACGUGAUUCGACAAUUCAAACUUUACAGGCUAAACUAAAAAGCAUUGAAUUACAAUUAAAUGAAGCCCUUCGUUCUAGCGAUGCUAAGUUGGCAAACGGAUUAGAAUCAAGGUCUGUGGCUCAAUUGAACCACGGGGCAACAGGGGACGGAAUGGAUUCAGUAGCUGUUACCAAGAAACUGGAAGAAGAACUCCUGAAACGAGAUGCACUUAUUGAGGUUUGGUAUUCUUAACUGUUUUGUUUGUGGUGUAUUACAUUUGUUGUAUAUUGGCAGUGGUAAAAAGUUGCUUCUAUAUGACUUUGUUUAUUUCAGUGCUAAAGGGGUCAUCAGGGUAUAGAAUUUUCUUAGCUUUGAACUUUUCUCUUUUUCUCUUUGUGAUGCUCAUAUCUUGAGCUUUACAUGUUUAUUGGACUGUGAUCUUAAGAAAUAAUCCCCAUGCUUGUGAGCAAUGUAUAUAUUCUUGGAUGUCAGAGGUCCACACGAGAGAUCUAAAACUUGCUUUGCUUUGUGUGCUGUUUUCUGGGGGAUUCGCGAAUAGAUUGUUCAUAUCAUCUCUUCAAAUUGUCAUCUGUCCAAAUUGUCAUCUCUAAGGAACCAAGAAAUUGUAGGCACCAUUUGUUGUGUAUAUCUUAUGUUGUAAUCUCCAGGCAUUAAAUAUUGAAAUUACCCUGUGCUUGUGAGCAAUAUGUUUACCUAUUGGAUGAGAUUUUUCCGUGUUGUGGUUAGGGGCAGGAUGGGGGUUCAGAUGUCUGAUCUAAGACUUGCUCUACUUUUUGGUCUGUUUUCUGAGUAAUUGGAAAAUAAUUGGUCAUCUAAACUGUGGAUAUUGAGGUAGUGGUUUUGAAGGCAACUUAGGGAAAGGAUUUAACCAUGAAUUGUGGUCUUUGAGUUUGUGUAGAAUAACUAAAAAAAUCUGGCAAAUGAUUUCCAAAAAAGAUAAGACAUAGAAAGUGUGACAGUCCAACAGGACACAAGAUGGGCAAUUCUAGUUGACUUGAUCUUUACCGGUGGUUGGCAGGUGUCUUCUAUUUUCAUCUUCUAUGCAAGGAUUAAAAUUUCGUUUUGGUGUAUUGUUUCG